CCUGUUGUUCACAAGCGUAUCUGCCCUCUCGUUGGCUAGAAUGGUCCCAUCUGAUCUCGCCUCCUCCCACCUACCUUCCAUCUUUGAGGACAUGUCUGUCUAUUGUUAAAGCGGUCACUCGACUAUCUUAUCAAUAUAAUAGAACAUCUUUGCUGUGGCUCAGGCGCUGUCAGGUGCAAAGCCGCUAACGACACCGCGGCAGCUUCGUUAAAAGUACAGAAUGUGCCCGGAAAAAAGAACAAGCGCUGCUCUCUGAUUCUCUCCGAGGAGAGAGAGAGAUCAACCAUGGCCAGUUGUCGGAGAGAGAGCCCGCGGAGCCGGGCAGGACUAGGAGGUAGCAGCCUGAGAGCAGCGAGGAAGCCCCGGCAGAAAGAUCCAUCCAGCGAGGUAGGGGACGCGGGCGAAUCAAUGACAGAUCUACCACAAUGGUUGCGGCUUUAUUUCUAUGGGAUGCACGGUAUCACUUUGGAUAUCCUCCUGUCGUCGGUACAGGGGCUUUUGGCUGACAGCGACCCCAAACUGUUCGGUUUUUCCUCCCCGUACCUCUGCAUCAUGCACUCGGUGACCCAUUUCUUGCUGGAAAAAAUAUAUUCGCAAAAGAAGUGCUUUCAAGGACGCACAGUAGUUUUUCACCUUGUUUUCUAUCCCUCUGUGUACAUCGGGCUGCAGAUUCUGAUUGGGAAUAUUAACACGCUGACCGAGCACGUUAGAAUAGUCUCUGCCACUCAUCUCGUCGUUCACUACCUACUGUCCCUGUACUUCACCCAAGUAUUCCACAAGGGGCUUGCGCGGCUGCGCUACCACUGCCCCGGGAAACGGACCAUGUCUACCCCGGAAAAGCGCACCCUUGAGCCGCUGCCUAAUAACGGUCUGCCCGAUGUUGUGCGAUUCCUCUUCUUUGGAAUGCACGGCUUUCUGGACGAGAUCCUGUUUACCUCGAUAUUCAACCUUGUGGAGAAAUCGGACCGGACCAUGAGCGGCCACACGUCCCUGUGGUCCUUCCUGAUGUACGGAAGCUGCAGCUUCGUGGUAGAGAAACUCUACCUGUAUUUGCACUUCAGACGGGGCUGGAGCACCUGGAGGCGGCUCCCCAUCUAUAUCUGCUUCAUCUACACCUGGGAGUUCUGUUGGGGGCUGGCGCUGCGGCAGUACGGCGCAUGCUCAUGGGACUAUUCCCACUAUCCAUUCAACUUCAUGGGCCUGAUCACGCUCCUCUACCUGCCCGGAUGGGUCUGCAUCAGUCUCUACCAGGAUAUUCUGUCCAGCGUUCUGCUGCGCGUGGUGGUGUGUGCCAAAGACGAGGAUUGAGGCCAAUCAGGGCAGGGCGCUGGCAUCAAGGUCUGCCAUGUGUCCAGGAAAAAACUGCAUUAUAGGCCUAGGUCACAUCUGAUUUAGGGACUAUUGAUACUAAUACAAAUAAAGAAGAGGACAUUUAAGACCAUCAAUGGGGUACCCGGACUUAAAUAAUGUGUAUUUCCCCUGUGGAAAGGUGGAAUUGAUGUAGCUGUUCAGACAGCAUCUUUUAUCAAUGAUUCUAACAAAUAGCCUGGCAAUUUGUGACAGGUAGCCUAAAAGCACAGACAUGCCUUGCCUGGCAUGUGAUUUAGUUUAGUUUAUUAAUUCGACCAUUUAAAAAAAACAAGCACACAUAAAACUUAAAAGCCAUACAUGCACAUGAAUAAAAUCAUCGAGGAUAACACACAAUGAAGUCUGGGACAUAUUUCCAUUGUGGUCCUCUUGAGACAAGAUGGAUAUACUGUGUGAUGACACACAGACAUGCCUUCUGCUGUGAUGACAUCUGCAAUUUCUAACUUUGAUGUAGAUGUAACUAGAAUAUUUUACAUUUUACACUUCACUUGCUACAAUCCCAGAGCUCUGAACUCAUUUCUGCAUGGCUGCAUUCAUGAUCACUUAAUUGCUUAAAUCUUAUUACCUUCAAAGAAUGCAUGACAUUUGGAAAUAAAAUAGGUUCUAAAAAGUUCAAAAUGUAUGUAGCAUGAGAUGUAAUCGAACCGAAUAGAACGGGUGGUGGACCGAAUUCAUUUCACUGUGAAUCUUUUUCUGAACCAAACCUUAACCUUACUGUGUUGGAGUGCCUUUCUGAGCAAACCUACAGACAGCUGGACUGAAGACAAACUGAACUACACUGUGGGACAGUUUCCCCCUAGUCCUGGCUGAACUAAAAAAUAAACUCAAUGGGGAAUUGAAAGAGCUUUUUAGUCUACAACUAUAGGCUUAAUCUAGGUCAUGUAAACAAGCAAUGUGUGCCAAUCAGACAGACCCUGAGGAUCAGCUUUAAUCUUCUCCCUUCUUUACAUAGGGACAUCCCAGCCCCAGGCUUGUUUACCUCACAUUUAUAAAGCAACAGAGCACCAGUCAGCUUUUUAUGGUUUACACUCUAUAGGUUGAUCUGGAGUGGGCAUUAUCAGCAGUCAGCAGACCUGGAAUCAAAUGCUACUUGCAAUCUUUCAGGCACUUUCACUGUUUGUUUUAACCUGCCUGGAGUGCGAGACGGGCGGGGUUUGAAUGUUUGCGGCGAUUCUAUUGGCUCCACGCCAGGAAAGCUCAAUCAAGCCUAGAUAAAGUAUUUGAAAUGAUUUCAAAAUAGUAUUUGAAUCCAAGUCUGGGAUCAACCUCCAGGUAGAGAGCCCUUUGCCCUUUGGCAUAGAUCUUUCUGCCUGUUUUAUUUCCUCGUUUGCCAUUGUACCACACGGUAAAGUCUCAUGUUCUCUCUGAGAGGCCAAACACAUACAGUAUGUGUGGAUACCUGGCACUGUGACUUCAUUAGCAAUCUGUUCCAACAUUAUACUCUUUGGAAAGUUUUGAAACGUAUAGUUUUUGCUCUUGUACUGAUUUUAUGAUUCUCUAGCAUGUUUUUAAUGCAUUUUACUGCCUGCCUUCGUCAGUCCUGGGGAUUCCGUGAAACGAUGGUUGGAGGUAACUGAAAGCUGGUAAUACUGAUGAGUAACACUAGUCCAGGGAGAAAGAUCGUAUAACAUAUGUUAUUAAAAUAUUACAACUUUUA